AUGGAGGUGAAUAAUUGUGACAAACUUGAGCAUAUUUUCCCAUCUGAUAUGCGCACGACAUUUGGAAGAAUGGAGACAUUGAAGGUCAGUGAUUGUGGUUCAGUGAAAGAGAUAUUCAAAUUACCGGACAAUGAAAUCAUUGGAGAAGAGGCCACACAAUUGAAGAACCUGCAUCUGCUUCGCCUGCCCAAGUUGAAACAAAUAUGGAAUAAGGACCCCCAAGGAAAUUUCCGCUUUCACAAUCUCCAAUAUGUCCGUGUUGAAGAAUGUGAGAACUUAGACUAUCUCUUCCCACUUUCAGUAGCCCUGGAUCUUCAUCAACUCGAAACAGUCACAAUGGGUUCUUGUGGAAUGAAUGAAAUUGUAGCAAAAAAAGAGGAAAUAGCCAUCUUUCACUUUGAUCGGUUAAACUCCUUGGAGAUUUGGAACAUGCAUCGACUUGAUAGGUUUUAUAGUGGAAGUCACAGUUUAGCGUGCCCAUCAUUGAGAAUGUUAUGGGUCUUCAACUGUCCAAAAUUGAGGUUAUUAGGGAGACAGAGUACAAGAAACCAUAACCAGAGUGGUGAUGACCGAAAUCCGCAUCCCUCUAUGCAAGAUCCUCUCUUCAUGAUUGAAGAGGUGAUUCCGAAGUUGGAAUCUUGGACAUUAAAUAACACAGAAGCCAUAAUGAUGUUGCAAGACCCACAAUGGAAGCACCGUUAUGUGAGUAGACUGAAGACUCUUGGAAUGUCCAAUUUUGACGAUAAAACGGCAGUAACUUUUCUGGACUCAAUUGUGCAAAAGGCACCAAACUUGAAAUAUCUAUUUGUAGAACAUGGUUCCUUGAAAGAGAUAUUCCAAGACAAAAGAGUUGCAUAUGAGGAAGGCAAGAAUGAAAUCAAGACCCAGCUUGAAUUUUUAAUGCUGUAUGAUCUACAAUUGGAACACAUAUGUAGAGAAAGAUGCAAGAUCGACCCAAUUCUUGAGGUUCUUGAAGCUUUAAAUGUGACAGAAUGUGCAAGUUUGGUCAAUCUUCAAGACAUAGAAUUAAAAGAAUGCAAUUCACUUGAAGAAAUAAUGACGCAGGAGAUGAAUGAGACAAGAGAUGAAAUCGUUCCCAUUGUUGAAGAAAGUUGUUGUGAGGCAAUGUCCAAGGAUGAAAACCUUCUGUGA